CCCUCACGCACUGUAUCCCACCUUUGUAUUCAAUAAUAAAAGCCGUCCUCGUAUGAGCAAAUAGCAUCAUCAAGGCCAGAUACCUCGCCUCAGAUUCAGCUCGCGAAAUCUAUUUGACUGACGCCUAAAUUUCUCUUUUUUCCCCUGAUUGUUCGGAUUCUCUUAUGAUUGAUUCUCUUAUGAUUGAUUGCAUGCGCUCUAUGUCCCAUCCAACAGUCUCCAUCUCUCUCCAACUCACACUGCUUCAAAUUUAAGCACGUUUUCCAUAGAUUUAGCGUUUCACCACGCCAAGAUGAAUGUGACAAAGUCUCAGGUAUGGCAGCCGUGCAAGAAGAAGAGAUCUUGAUUGAGAGUCAACGACAUCCUUACUCAUUCGGAGAAGAAGAAUUGCGGAAAUAAUUUUUUAUAAUAUCUGAAAGAGAAAUAUAUUAUUGGAUCGGAUUGUGAACAAGAUGGCUUCUCGCACGAGUGGAACCAAGACACGUGUGGGGAAGUACGAGCUCGGAAGGACUCUCGGAGAAGGAAGCUUUGCGAAGGUGAAGUUUGCUAGGAAUGUUGAAACAGGAGAGAAUGUUGCAAUUAAAAUUCUAGACAAAGACAAAGUCCUUAAGCAUAAGAUGAUCGGUCAGAUUAAACGAGAAAUAUCAACUAUGAAACUGAUUAGGCAUCCGAAUGUCAUCCGGAUGUAUGAGGUAAUGGCAAGCAAGACAAAAAUAUACAUUGUUCUAGAAUUCGUGACCGGUGGUGAACUGUUUGACAAAAUUGCAAGUAAAGGGAGGUUGAAAGAAGAUGAAGCUAGGAAAUAUUUUCAGCAGCUAAUUAAUGCUGUGGAUUACUGCCAUAGUAGAAGUGUUUAUCACAGAGACCUAAAGCCAGAAAAUUUACUGCUGGAUGCUAAUGGAGUUCUUAAAAUUUCAGAUUUUGGGCUUAGCGCUCUACCGCAACAAGUUAGAGAAGAUGGUUUACUUCACACAACUUGUGGGACGCCUAAUUAUGUUGCUCCAGAGGUGAUCAAUAAUAAAGGCUAUGAUGGAGCUAAGGCAGAUCUAUGGUCAUGUGGUGUGAUACUUUUUGUCUUAAUGGCUGGUUUUUUGCCUUUUGAAGAAUCCAAUCUCAUGACUCUGUAUAAAAAGAUAUUCAAGGCUGAUUUCAAGUGUCCUCCUUGGUUCUCGACAAGUGCAAAGAAACUAAUCACUAGAAUCCUGGACCCUAAUCCCAUGACGCGGAUAACAAUAGCUGAGGUUAUUGAGAAUGAGUGGUUUAAGAAGGGAUAUAAGCCGCCAACUUUUGAACAGCCUGCUGUCAGUCUUGAUGAUGUGGAUGCUAUAUUUAAUGAAUCGGGUCCUCAAAACCUUGUUGUGGAGAGACGAGAAGAAGGACCUGUAGCCCCUGUGACAAUGAAUGCGUUUGAGCUCAUCUCUACGUCUCAGGGUCUCAACCUUAGUACCCUUUUUGAAAAGCAAAUGGGACUUGUUAAACGAGAAACACGAUUUACAUCCAAAUGUUCUGCUAAUGAAAUUCUGGCAAAGAUUGAAGAAACUGCAACACCCUUGGGUUUUGAUGUGAAGAAAAAUAAUUUCAAGAUGAAGCUUCAAGGAGAAAAAACUGGACGAAAGGGUCAUUUAUCUGUUGCAACGGAGGUCUUUCAGGUUGCGCCUUCACUCCAUAUGGUUGAGCUUAGAAAGUCUGGAGGUGAUACCCUAGAAUUUCACCAGUUCUACAAGAAUCUCUCUACUGGGCUGAAAGAUAUCGUCUGGAAAUCAGGAGACGAAGCAGUUGAGGAAGGAUCUAGUAGUGAUGCUGGAGCUACGUCCUCUCAGUAACAGGUUUCCGCUGGCCAUAUCCAUUACGGGCUGUCCUUGUAUAAAACUUGAAAUAUCAGUUGUAUCUAUAGCUUUGUCUUUCACUUCACAAAGGUGUGGCUUGGUGUGGUUUGUAUACUAAAUGUAUAACUGCUGUAAACCCAUUACAAUUACAUGCACUGUUGUGAUCCUAAAUUGAAUUUGUUCCGGAAUUGGAAUGAAUGGAAAGUUGAAUUGAAUAAAUCAAAUUUUAUCUCGUGUGA